AUGUUUCGUGCUCGAUACCCGUUUAAGAGCAUUAGAUCUUACUCUUCUCUGACGGUUAAGUCGUUAUAUGAGCAACUACAUCAACCUCGUCAUGACUCCAUUUCAGUUGAUGGAUGGAUCAAGUCUAUAAGAUUAUUAAAACGUAUAGCGUUUUUAGACUUACAAGAUGGUACCUCCGUUAACCCAUUGAGAAUAGUGGUUCCGUUAGCAAACGCUGAUUAUGUACACUUUUUGAAAAAUCUGAAAACUGGCCAAACAUUGUCUAUUUCCAACGCUAUCUGGCAGGAUACGCCCAGCAGAGAACAGCCUUUUGAGCUGCAAAUUAAAGACCCCAUAGAAUCGAUCAAAAUCAUAGGUCCUGUCUCAGAAAACUAUCCCUUGCAGAAAAAAUUCCAGACUUUACCAUUUCUAAGGUCUUUACCCACACUAAAAUACAAAACCUCUUAUUUGAGCGCAAUUUUGAGGUUGAGAUCAUUUGUAGAAUUGCAGUUCAUGCAUUUUUUUCAGGAAAACCAUUUCACUAAAGUUUCCCCACCAAUACUAACUUCAAACGACUGUGAAGGUGCUGGGGAGUUGUUCCAAGUUUCCACCAAUCAAUUGUCGUCUCCAUCUUCGUAUUUUGGUAAACCAACUUAUUUGACUGUGUCUACACAAUUGCACUUAGAAAUCUUGGCCUUAUCGCUAUCAAGAUGUUGGACGUUAUCUCCUUGCUUCAGAGCUGAAAGAAGUGAUACUCCGAGACAUCUCUCCGAAUUUUGGAUGCUUGAAGUGGAAAUGUGUUUUAUUGAUAGUAUUAACGAACUAACAUCGUUUGUAGAGACUACAAUGAAGACAGUAAUCCAGUCUUGUUUGGAUAACCAGAAGGAGCUUUUGCCAAAGCAGUUUAUCUCUUUGAAAGAAGAUGAUGCACUAUCUACAUCACUAGACCAAGAAAGGCAAGAUAUCAUAACACGUUGGCAAGCUUUGGCCAGUGAAAAAUGGCAAACUAUAACGUAUACGCAGGCUAUCGAAAUCCUCAAAAAAAACUACAACGAGGUUCCGCUUUUUAAAUACGAGCCAAUCUGGGGACAGCCUUUGCAAACUGAACACGAGAAAUGGUUAGCCGGCGAAUACUUCAAAUCACCUGUUUUCGUUACUGACUACCCACGUGUUUGCAAAGCCUUUUACAUGAAACAAAACUCUACUCCCGACAAUACUGUGGCAUGUUUCGAUUUACUGGUUCCGGGAAUGGGUGAAAUCAUCGGCGGAAGUCUAAGAGAAGAUGAUUAUGACAAGCUAUGUAAAGAAAUGAAGGAACGCGGUAUGAAUAAAUCUGGUGAAUUGGAUUGGUACGUUUCCCUGAGAAAAGAAGGUAGCGCACCACAUGGUGGAUUUGGACUGGGAUUUGAGAGAUUUAUCUCAUAUUUGUAUGGAAACCACAACAUAAGGGAUGCUAUACCUUUCCAUAGAACAGCCGCGGGCUCCAUAAACUUCUGA